AUGCGUUCUUUAAAUUUUGUUCUGGCCGUGGUGCUUCCUGCACUUGUCUGCUCGACACCUGUCGUUGAGAAGCGACAGGCUCUGGCAAGGGUCGUGACGACUUGCACGAAGCCCAACAACGUCGCGUUGACCUUUGACGAUGGACCUUGGGUCUACCUUUAUGAUGUCAGCAAAGCUCUUGUCGCUGCCAACGCAACUGGUACUUUCUUCUUCAAUGCCUGCAUAUACGACGCAGACUCGGUGAAACGCGUACAGUACGCAUAUCAGCAUGGACACCAGGUUUCCUCCCAUACCUGGAGCCACAAAGAUCUUUCAACGUUGUCUUGGGACGACAUACAUGACGAGAUGUGGAAAGUUGAGCAAGCUCUCACAAAGAUUAUUGGAGUGGUUCCAGCUUUUAUGAGACCACCUUACGGCAGUUACAACGACUUAGUUCGACAAGCUGCGGCCAUCCGAGGACAGGUACUCGCAUUGUGGGACUUCGACUCUGGUGACUCAACAGGCUCCACACCUGCUCAAAGUGAAGCCGCAUAUACUCAACUCAUCGCGAGGCAUCCCAGCACCAUUGUCGCACUUAAUCACGAAACAGAAGAAACCACUGCGCACCAAGUCCUUCCGUUCGCCAUUCAACAACUACAGAAAGCGGGAUAUAAACUCGUCAGUUUGGCAGAAUGCACGGGCUUGCCCGCAUACCAGAGUGUGACUACUCCGGGGGUUCGCGAUAGCACUUGGCAUUGCUAG